UCGUUUUACCAAUCCGGUUUAUUGGCCGAGCAAGUGAAGACUGAUGAUGAGAUAACGUUUUACAAAGAUGAGGCAGUAGGUGGCGCGCCAUAUCUCUUCUUUUCUCUCGCCCGUAACUCAGUGGUUCUUCAAUGGCGUCACACUUAUCAUCUUCUUCCAUUUUCCUCUCUUCACCUUCCAAAAUUUCAAUGAAUUCCCAAUUCACUUCCCCACUUAACCGUCAAUUCUUCUUCCCUCCUCCGACCCGAAUUCAAAUACCCUACAAUUCAACUGUUCGACGCGUAUCCGCUCAUUGUUCCUCAAAGGAAUCAACAAAUCAGCAUGGUGCACCAUAUACCUCACACAUGUCCAUGGUUAAGAAUGGGAUGAAAGGACUUGAAAGGGCCUUGGCCGCAAUGCUUCUUGUCGUUCAGAUUUCAACUCCUCUACCUGUUUUCGAUUUGGAUUCCUACUCUCUCCCUCCUGCGGUGGCAGUGCUUUAUUCUCCGGAUACUAAAGUUCCUAGAACUGGGGAACUUGCAUUAAGAAAGGCCAUACCAGGAAACACAAACAUGAAAACCAUACAAGAAUCUCUGGAGGAACUCUCAUACUUGCUUAGGAUUCCUCAAAGAAAACCAUAUGGAACAAUGGAGGGAAAUGUAAAAAAAGCUUUAAAGGUAGCACUAGAUAAAAAGGAAGCUAUUUUGGCAAGUGUACCUGCUGAGUCCAAGGAAAGGGGUUCCCUUCUGUAUGAAUCUCUAAUUGAUGGGAAGGGUAGCUUGCGAGCACUUCUUGAGCGCAUAAAAGACAAGGACGCUGAUAGAGUAUCAGUGGGCCUCGCAUCUGCAUUGGAUACUGUUGCAGAAUUGGAGCUGUUACAGGCUCCUGGAAUAUCGUUUUUGUUGCCUCAGCAGUAUUUGCAAUAUCCAAGGUUAAAUGGGAGAGGAACAGUUGAAUUUACUGUUGAGAAAGGAGAUGGCUCAACAUUUAAUGCUCAAGCUGGUGGUGAAGCCAAAAAUACAGCCACCAUUCAGGUUGUAAUAGAUGGAUAUUCUGCACCAUUGACUGCUGGGAAUUUCGCUAAAUUGGUAAUUGAUGGGACAUAUGAUGGUACAAAACUAAGUAGCACUACUCAAGCUGUUCUGUCUGAUAACAAAAUAGAGAAACGCAAGGGUUAUAGUGUUCCUCUGGAAAUAAUGCCAUCUGGACAAUUUGAGCCGCUCUACAAGACAACAUUAAGUGUACAGGAUGGUGAGCUGCCAGUUUUACCUUUAUCUGUUUAUGGAGCUGUUGUUAUGGCUCACAAUGAUGCUUCUGAGGAAUACUCAUCACCGAAUCAGUUUUUCUUUUAUUUGUAUGACAAGAGAAAUGCUGGUUUAGGAGGACUGUCGUUUGAUGAAGGUCAAUUCUCUGUGUUCGGUUACACGACAGUAGGGCGAGAUAUUCUUCCUCAACUAAAAACGGGCGAUAUUAUUAGAUUUGCAAAGUUAGUCGAAGGCCAAGAUCGCCUCAUACUGCCGACUGAAAGUUGAUAGUGCUCUCUCAUCAGAGAAUACAUUUAAGCUGAUGACAUAUCUUCUUAAAUCUGCGGCAUGCUAUUCUUUCUUCUACCUUGAUAGAGAACUUAUUACGCUUACCACUUCCUAGCUAGCUAAUUAUUGUGUAAGCUUAAUUGGACAGAAUAUUCAACAUCUGUACAAUGAUAAUUCAGCCAUAUUUCUGUUUCACUAAGAUUUAUUUUAUUCAUUCAUUCAUAUUACCAUUUA